AUGGCCCCCUCCAUCAUUCACCUGCCCGACGGGCAGCACUUUACCGUCACCCCAGUAUUUGCCGGUCUUUUCUUCAAGUCACACGAACUCAACACGCACGCUUCAGCCUUUCCCAUCGGCUGGACCGUCGUCCUCCACACCGAGGAGGUGGAAGAAGAACAUGACACCGAGCCGCAACCCCGCAGAGGCGCCGACGGCGAUGCCAGUGGCGACAACGAUGUCGACAUGGAACCGGAACGGCCCAAGGUUCCAAAGCGGACAAGCCACAUCCACUCAUACACCAAGCCCACGCUCCAGAACGACAGCCUCUUCAUCAGCUCCAUCAGCAACCCCAGCAGCAGCGACUUCAAGCCUGCCACGAGCCCCACGCGCCAGAUCGCCAUGAUGCUCUGGGUCACGCUGUACUGGUACUUCCACCAACCCGAGCCCUCCAAACUGCUGCCCUUGACAGAGCAGUCCAGAUACACACCCGAGAAUGGACGGCCGAGAGGGGACUGGAGGAUCAAUAUCAAGAGAGAUGGCGUUCUGCGAGGGCGAAACCUGAUCCCGAAGCUCGAGAGGAUGGGCCUGAUCAUGAGCCAGGACUCCGCAGUAGGAACGGCCAUGGGCGACAACGAGGGCUGGGGCCGCAUGUUCGUCAGCCGCAAGGUCUUCUGGCAGACUCCCGGCCGCCUGUUUCUCUUCACGCUGCAGCCGCAAAUCAAGUCACACCCCGGAUCUCCCAUCGGCAGCCGUCCAAGCUCGCCGGUUCGCAGCAUCGAGUCCAACUCUCCGCACGGCAGCCUGCACGGCGCGCAUCUGUCGCAGACACAGUUUGCCGCUGCCGACAUGCCCGGGGCUCCCAUGCCGACCACUCUCACCUCCGCCCCGACCUUUCCCAUCGGCCCUUUCUUCUCGACCUCGCACCUUCCAACCUACUACCCGCCGCCCCCGUUGCAAUACACCAUCACGAACCACGUGCGACACCCCAUCCGGCCCAAGCCUCCGCGCAUGGGCGAGGUCUUCUACACACGCUUCGUCCCCUCUGUCAACCAAUAUCUCGCGUUCCGCGUGGCCUCGGCUUCAAACAAGCCUGUGCCCUACCUGGGGCCCGUCGGUACCAAACCGCCAGAGCAUACACACCUGUCCACCCUCAGCGACACCUCUCUCUUGCAGAUGUGGCUCGGCAAUCCGCGAGUCCAGAAGUUCUGGGGCAACUACCAACCCAACUUCCUGACCAACGCGCUUCAGUCGCGCCAUAGCUUCCCCGUCAUCGGCCUGUGGGACGGCGUUCCCUUUGGCUAUUUUGAGGUCUACUGGGUCAAGGAAGAUCUGCUGGGAAGGUUCAUGGGAAGUGACGCGGCCGACUUUGACCGCGGUUUCCACGUCUUGAUCGGCGAGGAAUGGGCCAGGGGUCGGGUGCAGUCGUGGCUGUCCAGUUUGGUUCACAUAUUGCUGUGCAUGGACAACCGGACAAUGAGCGUGUGCUGUGAGCCGCGAGUUGAUAAUGCCAGAUUUAUUCAGCAUCUUCAGUUCGCGGGCUUUGUCAAGGAAAGGGAAGUCGCUUUUGCGCACAAGCAGUCUUGGCUUGGACGCCUGCGGAGAGAGGACUGGGAUGGCCCUGCUAUGUGA